GCACAUAGGAUGAAUCCCUUCACAUAACAAUCUCAUUCAGAGCCAGACAGUGUCAGACACUCAGAGACAUUAACCAGACUGCCUACUCUUUACGAUGGAUAACUCCACAGUUAAACAAAACAAGAAAGGCAAGAAUAAAGGGCAUAAAAACAUCCUGCUGAACGAGUGGCUUUUCACGUAUGACGAGGCUAUUAUUGCUGCAUUGAAACGGCCUCCACAGACCACACCCAAAACCAUUCUCACUAAAGAGACCGAGACAGUGAAAGGGGGCCAAAAACAACAGGCUGUUACAUCCACUGAUGCUCCACAGUCAGCCUCUAAACUAAAGGUAGCUACAACAAAACCUGCGCCAAUGAAGAUUCUUAAACGGACGAUUUUUCUACAGCAGGAAAUUACCAUCAAGGACGCUCCACAGCCAGCUGCUAAACCCAAGUUUUCUCCACUGCAAGCUGGUGCUAUUCCUAAAGAUACUCCCCAGAAGGUAGCUUCUACAAAACGUACUACUACUAACGUUACACCAAAAGACGUGCCACUAAAGGGAGCUACACCAAAACCCGUGAAGGUUGUUACAUUGAAGGAUCUACAGCAGGAAAUUACCAUAAAGGUGGGUCCACAGCAGGCUUCUGCUACACCCGAGCGUGUAUCACUACAGACCAUACCCACAACCAUUCUCACUAAAGAGACCGAGACAGUGAAAGGGGGCCAACCACAACAGGCUGUUACAUCCACGGAUGCUCCACCCGAGCGUGUAUCACUACAAGCGAAUACACCUUCAGGUGCUGCACAGCAGGUUUGUGAGGCCAGCGACCUGACAACGGGCCCUGUCCUGAGAAAAACCUCUUGGAGUGCAACACAACCUCACCGUACAUCUAAGCAAGAACAGUUGGCUAGGGUUUGGGCUGGUAUAGUUGAAGCCAAUGAUUAUAAACAGGGCCCAAUUCAACAGAAAGAACUUUGGACACCAACCUCUCCAAAAGAACGCUCCGGGAGGGUCGGUGAUAAUCGGAAACCUCACUGGACUAGUUCACAGUUCUGCCAACUUUCAGAAGCACUUUCGAGUGAAGCUAUGGCAAGUGGGGAUGAAGCCAGUGAUUUUAUGAGCUGUCUUAUGCAGCAGAAAAAUAUCUGCACAGCGCCACACACCACUCAGGCCUGUGAUGAGGUGGAGGCUUCCUCCCAGCACGCCAUGACUGUCGUCCCAGAGCUCAACACACUAAAAGAAGAGACCCAAGCCUUAAGAUCUUCCCUCCAGCAGGCAAGCUGCGACAACAAAAAACUAAAAGACGAAAACAAAGCUUUGAGAGCUGAAGUGAAGGAGCUAAAUAAAGCGCAGGAAGUGACAGUGGAAAAGGUGAAAAAGAUCACUGACCUGGUGGUCCAGAUUAGGUCUAAGAGGGUUUCUGAGGCAGAGACUCGCCGUAACUUGGAGCAGGAGGAGGAGGCUCUUCAUAGACAAAAGGAAAUGGAAGUAUCCCUGGCCCAGGAGAGAGAGAAGAACGAGCUGAAGGAUCAACUGGCAACAAGGCAACAAAAAGGCAACACUAGGCCGAAAAAAACUUCUCUCUGGAAAAGAUUCCUCCGGAUGUUCGCAUAAACUAUCCCACCAACCCUCAACUCUGCAUCCUUAUCUGUAUUUCUAUUAGUCUGUAGACAUCUGUAGAGAUGUGAUAUCGCUACACAUUGCUACUGCUAAUACCCCAUCCGUCUAUAAUUCUCCCAACCAUCUGAGAGGUGAUCUCUCCCCAGAUUUCUUCUUCCCGUGUGGGGAGUUCUUCCUUAUCUUCUUAGAGUUUGCAUGUUCUCCCCGUAUAAGUUUGGGUUUUCUCCAGGUGUGUCCGGUUCUCCCACAGUCCCACAUCCGAUCCGGCAUGCAAUCAAUAAGUAUGAUUU